AUGCCUUACACUCGUUCAUCACUAUCGGCUGUUACCCCUCUAGUUCAUCCUACUAGAGCAGCUGUGAUUCUUCGUAUUAGUCUUGCUGUGGUUGUAGGUCUUUCUAAGAGUGUUAGUCUUGCCACGGGUGUUGAUCUUGCUGUAGUUGUUGGUCUUGGUCCUGCCGUAGUUGAAAAUAUAGAAAAACAAUUAAUAUUACAAUAUUAUUCAUACCUUUUACUCGUUCUUCCUUAUACCACGACGUACGAUAAAACAAAUAUAUUUCAAGGAGAAAACACACAAUAUCGUCUUGAGCUGUAA